AUAUUUAUCAACUGGCACCUAUUUAGCUGCAUUGAAAUUUGAUUUUCAAGUUGGAAGAAUUACGAUCGGAAUAAUAGUUAAAGAUACAUGUCAAGCAUUGUGGACAGUUUUACAGCCAACAGAGACGCCUGUGCCAACCAUGAAUGACUGGUUGGAGAUUUCAAAUGUAUUUUAUGUUAAAACAAAUUUUCCGAAUUGCCUAGGUGCUAUUGACGGUAAACAUAUCCAAUGUAAAAAUCCUAGUAAUUCUGGAUCAUUUUUUUUCAAUUACAAAAAGUUUGUUUCUGUGGUACUCAUGGCUAUAGCCGAUGUCGGGUCUUAUGGUCGAGAAGGGGACUCCAAUAUAUUUAAGGAAUGCCCAUUCGGAAAAAUGUUCUAUGAAAAAAAACUUAAUCUUCCGGAACCAAAUCCUUUACCAAAUACUAACAACAAUCCACAGACAUUCGUUUUUAUUGGGGAUGAAGCUUUUGCACUACAUACAAAUUUAUUAAGGCCAUAUCCAGGACGUAACCUAACUGAUACUCGACGUGUAUUUAAUUAUCGAUUGAGUAGAGCAAUAGGCAGACAGUCGAGUGUGCUUUCGGAGUUCUUGCAAAUAAAUGGCGUAGACGGAAUUAAUUUUGAAGAAGCUGAAACCCAUAGCCUGGAUGAUAUAGAUGCUCGUGGAACAGGAACUCGUUCAGAAGGCAUUGAAGUGAGGGAUUACUUUCCGACUAUUUUAUGGGCCCCGGUGCCGUAG